AUGUCAAUACGCGGUACUGCAGGGUAUAAUUUGGGUGGCCAGAACUCAUUUGGAGGAGGACCAAGUAUGGGCGGUAUGGACAAACCGAAUGAACCCGGUGCUCUCGACGCGAUAAGGGAGCAAACAAGCAAAAUCGAGGAUUUCUUGGAUACUUUAAGUGAUCCUGUUAAGCCUUACUUGCCAGCUAUCGGACGAUUCCUUAUUGUUGUUACAUUCUUGGAGGAUGCAUUGAGAAUAAUUACACAGUGGAGCGAUCAGCUAUUAUAUCUGCAUGAUUACCGACACAUCCCAAGCGGUCUCACACAUCUUUUCCUAAUCGUUAACGUACUCGCUAUGAUCUCAUGCUCUACACUAGUUAUCGCACGAAGAUACUCGGAUUAUGCUGUUGGUGGAUUGAUUGGCGUUGUAGUGGUACAAGCUCUCGGAUAUGGUCUCAUUUUCGAUCUCAACUUCUUCCUCCGAAAUCUUUCAGUCAUGGGAGGCCUAUUGAUGGUUUUGUCCGAUUCAUGGGUCCGCAAAUCAAAGGCAUUCGCAGGUCUCCCAGAAAUAGAUGAGAAGGACCGCAAAAUGUACUUCCAGCUUGCUGGUCGUGUCUUGUUGAUCUUCCUCUUUGUCGGGUUCGUUUUCAGUGGCACUUGGAGCCUUUGGAGAGUGAUUGUGGCAUUUUUCGGUCUCGUAGCCUGCGUUAUGGUUGUCGUGGGCUUCAAGGCAAAGUUCAGUGCUAUCAUGCUUGUUCUUAUCUUGAGUGUUUUCAACGUAUUGGUGAACAACUUUUGGACUCUUCACGAACACCACCCCCACAAGGACUUCGCAAAGUAUGAUUUCUUCCAAAUUCUAUCCAUUGUAGGAGGCCUCCUCCUCCUUGUCAACAGCGGACCAGGGAAAUACUCAAUCGAUGAGAAGAAGAAGGUCUAUUAA